AUGCUUGCUUUUCCUCGCAUCGUCACCAUCGCCUUCAUCACCGUCGUCGCGUUCGCGAAUCCCUGGGAGCAGCCCACAACCACGACCACCGAAUCCACUGCGGCCUCGACCAUCGGCCAGUGCAAUGGAGCCGGCGAUCCGCAAUGCUGCCGGACGACCACGGCGGGCUCGGCUACCGGUCCCAGAGCUCGCGCACUCACCGGUGUCGUUGUCGACGAUCUCGAGGAAGUCAACAAGAUCGGCUGCAGCCCGCUGACCAUCAGACAAUCCUGUAGCUACGAAACUGUCGGCCGCGAUGACAAAGGCUUCGACCAAGGCGGUAUCAUUCAUAUUGGUUGUGUCCCAGUCACUCUCUGA